UUGGAGGUGAAGGACCGCCUGUCCCUUCUCUGUCUGUGCUGUCAAUGGCUUCCGGGACUUGUUUUAUUUGAAUGUCUGGGAGUUUUAAGUGACCAAUAAUGGAUAUUCUAUGGAUAUUAUGGACCAUACCGGCUGUAAUAGCUGUUGAAGAGACGCUUAUGGACUCCACUACAGCCACAGCGGAGCUCGGCUGGACAGUGUACCCCGUGUCAGGCACCAGUGACAACAGCUGGGAGGAGGUGAGCGGUUAUGAUGAAAACAUGAACACCAUCCGGACGUACCAGGUCUGCAAUGUUUUCGACAACAAUCAGAACAACUGGGUACGGACAAAGUACAUCCGCCGUCGUGGUGCUCAGCGGAUCCACGUGGAGAUGAAGUUCUCGGUGAGGGACUGCAGUAGCAUUCCCAACGUGCCUGGCUCCUGUAAAGAGACAUUUAACCUCUAUUACUACGAAUCUGACUCGGACACAGCCAGCAGGAACUCCCCGGCCUGGAUGGAGAACCCCUGGAUCAAAGUGGACACCAUCGCAGCAGACGAGAGCUUCUCCCAGGUGGAUCUAGGGGGCAGAGUGAUGAAGAUCAACACUGAGAUCCGGAGCUUCGGCCCUGUGUCACGAAACGGCUUCUACCUCGCCUUCCAGGACUACGGCGGCUGCAUGUCGCUCAUCGCUGUUCGCGUCUUCUAUCGGAAGUGCCCACGCAUCAUCACCAACGGGGCGUUGUUCCAGGAGACGCUGUCGGGAGCAGAGAGCACCUCCCUGGUGGCUGCACGAGGUGUUUGCAUCCCCAACGCAGAGGAGGUGGACGUGCCCAUCAAGCUGUACUGCAAUGGAGAUGGAGAAUGGAUGGUUCCCAUUGGACGCUGCAUGUGCAAGGCUGGGAACGAGGCUGUGGAGAAUGGGACUGUCUGUCGAGCCUGUCCGUCGGGCUUCUUCAAGCCGACUCAGAAAGACGAACCCUGCCUGCAGUGCCCCAUCAACAGCCGAACCACCAGCGAAGGCGCCAUGAACUGCGUUUGCCGCAACGGUUACUACCGCACCGACUCAGACCCUCUCCAGAUGCCCUGCACAACCGUCCCCUCAGCUCCACAGACCGUCAUCUCCAGCGUGAAUGAAACCUCUGUGAUGCUGGAGUGGAUACCUCCCCGGGACUCGGGGGGCCGCGAGGACGUCGUCUUUAACAUCAUCUGCAAGAGCUGUGGUGGAGGCCGUGGAGGCUGCACCCGCUGCGGGGACAACGUCCAGUUCCAGCCCCGUCAGCUGGGCCUGACAGAGCCCCGGGUCUACAUCAGUGAGCUGCUGGCCCACACGCAGUACACAUUCGAGGUGCAGGCUGUCAACGGCGUGUCAGACCAGAGCCCGUACUCCCCUCAGUACUCCUCAGUCAACAUCACCACUAACCAGGCUGCUCCAUCCACAGUAUCCAUCAUGCACCAGGUCAGCCGCACUGUGGACAGCAUCACCCUCUCCUGGUCCCAGCCUGACCAGCCCAAUGGAGUCAUCCUGGACUACGAGCUCCUGUGUUAUGAAAAGGACCAAUCAGAGGUUAAUGCUACCGCCAUCAGGAGCCAGACCAACACAGUGGUGAUCCGCGGCCUGAAGCCAGGAAGCAUCUACGUGUUCCAGGUCCGGGCGCGCACCGUGGCCGGCUUUGGACGCUACAGUGGCAAACUGUACUUCCAGACCAUGACUGAGGAGGAAUACAACACCAGUAUUCAGGAGAAGCUACCUCUCAUCAUCGGCUCGGCAGCUGCGGGCUUGGUCUUCCUCAUCGCUGUGGUCGUCAUCAUCAUCGUCUGCAACCGGCGUGGCUUUGAACGAGGUGAUUCAGAAUACACGGACAAACUGCAGCACUACACCAGUGGCCACAUGACUCCAGGAAUGAAGAUAUAUAUUGAUCCGUUUACAUAUGAGGACCCCAACGAGGCUGUGAGGGAGUUUGCCAAGGAGAUUGAUAUAUCCUGUGUGAAGAUUGAACAAGUCAUCGGAGCAGGAGAGUUUGGAGAGGUUUGCAGCGGUAACUUGAAGCUCCCGGGUAAAAGAGAGAUGUUUGUAGCCAUAAAAACUCUGAAGACUGGCUACACUGAAAAGCAGAGGCGAGACUUCCUGAGCGAGGCCAGCAUCAUGGGCCAGUUCGACCAUCCAAACAUCAUCCACCUGGAGGGCGUGGUCACCAAGAGCAGUCCUGUCAUGAUCAUCACUGAGUUCAUGGAGAACGGCUCUCUGGACUCCUUCCUCAGACAAAACGAUGGGCAGUUCACUGUGAUCCAGCUCGUUGGUAUGCUGCGUGGCAUCGCCUCAGGCAUGAAGUACUUGGCCGACAUGAACUAUGUGCACCGCGACCUCGCUGCCCGGAACAUCCUGGUCAACAGCAACCUGGUGUGCAAGGUGUCGGACUUCGGUCUCUCACGCUUCCUGGAGGACGAUAAUUCCGACCCCACCUACACUAGUGCUCUGGGAGGGAAGAUUCCUAUCCGAUGGACGGCACCCGAAGCUAUCCAGUACAGAAAGUUCACCAACGCUAGUGAUGUGUGGAGCUACGGGAUCGUCAUGUGGGAAGUCAUGUCCUACGGAGAGAGGCCUUACUGGGACAUGACCAAUCAAGAUGUCAUCAACGCCAUAGAGCAGGACUACCGGCUGCCCCCCCCCAUGGACUGCCCCAGCGCGCUGCACCAGCUCAUGUUGGACUGCUGGCAGAAGGACCGCAACAACCGGCCCAAGUUCAGUCAGAUCGUCAACAACCUGGACAAGAUGAUCCGCAAUCCCAACACGCUGAAGGCCAUGACCCCGUUAUCUUCAGGUGUUCAUCUCCCCCUCUUGGACCGCAGCAUCCCCGACUUCUCCAGCUUCAGCACCGUGGACGAGUGGCUGGAUGCCAUUAAGAUGGGCCAGUACAAAGACAAUUUCGCCGGCGCUGACUUUUCUACGUUUGAUGUGGUGUCCCAGAUGACCAUGGAGGACAUCCUGGGAGUCGGGGUGACGUUAGCGGGCCAUCAAAAGAAGAUCCUCAACAGCGUCCAGAUGAUGCGGGCACAGAUGAACCAGAUCCAGUCGGUGGAGGUUUGACCCUCCCGAGCGGAACCGAGGGGGGAGAACAAAAGGCGGUUGGGAUGCAGGGCUCUGGGUGUGGAGGAUGGAGUGGAUGGUUUUUUCGCGUUACAGUGUGUCUGGACUUCCCACCAGGCUACCAUUCAUCCCCCCCCGCCCGGUUCCCCUCUCCACUUCCCUCUCUCCUCCUCUUAUCCCCUCACCCUGACUCUCCCUCCAUCCUGGGAUCAGCUGUUGAAACAAAAGUCCCAGUGAUGAGGCACCAGAGGAGAGCCAACCCCAUCUCUGGAGUCAGAAACAUGGGAGGUUAGACGUGACCAGCAACAACAAAAAAUUCAAUCAAUCUUCCACCAAUUUUCAUUUGAUGUUUUUUUUUCUUUUGGUUUUGUUUGUUCUGAUGAUUUUGUAAAGAAUUUUUAAAGGAAAAAAAAGAAAAAUAAUGAGAAAAGGCAAGGAGUUUAUCUAAAUUUAUAGAUGAUAUAAGCUUGUACACUAGACGGACUGAGUAGGAAAGCUACCCUUUAAAAGGGCGAGAAAACAAGGGAGAGUUGAGGAGACGAGGCCAUCCUCUGCAAGGUGACAAUAUUGUCUUUUUUGCAUCUUUUUAAUUUUGGGACAUCAUGAGGACAUCAGAGUUUUCUGUGGCCUUCAGAAAGGAAGAGGAGACUGAAGAGCCCAACGUGCACUCCCAACUGUUUCCCCAGGAGAGAACAUGCAUUUUUAAAAACCAUCAAAUGGACAACAUUUGGCAAAGACUGAUGUCAAAAACACAUUCAUUCAGACUGACAAUUCACACAGUGAAAAAGAAAAAAAGGUUUCUCAUUGCAAUUAUUUUCUAUAUUGUGUGAAAUGUUGUGAUGAAGAACUCCGCCUCACCAUGCUUCCUCUCACUAUAGACAAAAGUGUUUUUCUUUCUUUCACAGUGAACUAUUCACAGCCUGCCAAAUAGAACUCUUCCCUUUUUUUUGCACCCUGUACGAUGAUCCUGUAUUGUACAUAUCAGAUGCACUUGACCUGCCAUAACUCGGAGACUCAGAAACAAUAAUCAGCAGAAGAAAUGAUCGAGAGGAGGAUUUCAGUUGUCACCAUCCUUUUCUUUCCUUAUUUUGUGAAAAAAAAAUAGCUUGUGGAGAGAAAACAAAACCGCACGUCCUACGCAGAAUCACACAAAAUAAAACAGGUUCUACUGUUUACAUCAGAGGCCACAUACAAUACAGGAUGUGCUGUUAUAGCAUCCUCCUUCAUCCCCAGUGCCGUCUGUGCAUCCGUGCACACACACACACACACACCACGUGCACAACGAAGCAGAGGCUCCCCAAGCGGCAGGACUCGUGUUUGAUAGCAUGCUGAGUGAGUGGUUAAUUUCACAGUGCUUUGAUUUGCUGCAAUUACUAAAAACUCUGUUUGGUAAGAGCUUGAGUUUGAAACACUUUACAGAGUAUAACGUGGCUACAUUAUUUUCAGUGUUUCUUCUUCUUCCAGUUUUCCUUUUUUGAAAAACAUUUUUAAAGUAUUAAAGUUGUGAUACCACACACGGUUAUUUUACACUCACACAUAGUCAUGGAUAGAUUUUAAAAUCAGGCGUUUGUUGAAUUAAAUGCAACGUGUUAUAUUUUUGCAAUUUCUGUAUGGAUAUUAUUGAAUUGUUAUUAUUACUUUUUUUUAUGCACUGAGUCUAUUGUUUGACUCCAACAAACACUCUGGAUCUUCCAUCGAUGCUUUUAGACUUUUUCAUUUUGAAACAUGUUGGUGCACAAAUCCAUGUAGAUAAACAGCCCUGUGAAUGGUAUUGAUUUGAUUUUAAAGACAGUAUAUGCAUUUAUUGUUGGGCCUCCUGUGAGCUGUCAAUCAUCGUCUGCGUUGUCCGGGUGACCAGGGUUAUGCGAGAGAUGAGAGUCCGUAGCAAUGCGAGGAUUCCCCGGGGAAGUGAAUCAGACAGUACACAGCCAGUAAAUGAUAUCAGAGAUCCAACGGGGACCUGACAGCCAGACACGGACCUCCAGCUGUGAGCCAUCGGUCAGAUGUGUCCGGCCACAGCGGGGAGGCCGCACCCCGAUCACAGCCGCUCUCUCCAGGCACCGAUUCUCCCCCCUUGAUCACAUGCAGGCCUGCCGGGGCCACCUGUCUGCCGCUCCCACUGAUCUCCAACCAGCAGUUGUCUGGUUUCGUCUCUGCGACUUUAUAAGCAUCAACAGGCGAACAGCGGAGACACUCAUCAGUGGGGCAGUUGUGUCUUGUCCUGUCCUGAUGCUGCAUGACAAAGAAAGGCUUGACAAUGCUUCCACACUGAGAAAACUAGAACGUUUCAGCUAGCUUAUACAGUUGUGUGAAAUAUGUUGACAUAAUACAUUUCAUUAAAGUCAACGGUUCAGUUUUUUUCAUUGCUUGUUCGCUCAAACCAAAUCCUCACACUUGAGUUGUUGUGGCAGCUUUAGCACCAAAGCUCUGAUAAAGAAACCUCAGUCACUGCUAUCCUGUCAUCUUACACUGAAAAAACGGAAUUGUUGAUAUGUCAACAAAUUUCACACAACUGUAUUAGGUUAGUUGAAAGCAACAAUAUUACGUUUUCAUAGGUUCAACUUGAUAGUGUUUCUUCAACUAACCUCAUACAGUCCUGUGAAUGCCCCUCCAUGUUCUUUUGUUCAUCUGCAGUGCGCCACAUCAUAACAGAUAUUUCCCUGGAAGCUUGUAUAACAUAUGAAAAUGGUAGGAGGACAAUCAUAAGCUGUUAGUCAUAGCUGAGAGGCGAGUGAGAAGUGCCGCUGUGACCUAAAUGCCACUGAUGCCAGCAUGCCGUUUGAUUUUUAUUUAACCAAGCUUUUUGACCGUCUUGCUUUUCCAUUUCCCGGUACUUAACAGCUCAUCAGAUUGUGAGGCUGAGGCUGCACGUCCUCUCAUGGUAUGGCAAAUAUUCAACCGUCAGGAAAAACGUUUAUUAUUGUCCAAGGAAUUAAUCUAGACUAGAGUGUACACAAGGCUGGUGAGUUUCUGCUCCAACCCCAUUAAUGGUUGUUCAGAUGCUUGUCCGUGGACGCUGCCAAGACUUUGAGUUAUUAAUCAAGAAAUUAUCCUUGAACUCUGUUUCAAGGAACUACCUUAAACUGGAUGACUAGACAUCAAAUAGUGCUGAAGUGCACACUGUCAGUAUUUUCUUGGGGAUACUUUUCCUUCUGAAGGGUUAGUUUGUUGUUUUCCAUUUUUAUCUGAAGGAGUUUUAGGAGAGCCUUUUUGAUUGAAUGUCGAGUGUUUGAGAGCACCGCAUUAAGUAUUUAUGUAUCUUCUGAUUUCGAUGGCACAAAAGAGACGCAUUGUUGCAGUUUGGAGCUGAGCAAUGAAAGAGGGAACAAGAAAUUGACCCACUUAUGUCGAGUGUUUAAAGUGGUUCUGACUGUUUUUCCCGCCGCAGACUGGCUGCUUUCUUUACACCAAAGCACAAGCUGUGAAAAAAGGCUGUCCGAGACUAUUUCUAAUGUAUAGAACUGGGUUACUAAUUCAUCUGGUACAGGUUUCAUGGAGGGCAUAUUUCAAAAUGUGAUUCGAUAGGGUGAUUACUGUUUCAUCACCUCCUGAAAUUAAAUUGAAUACUGCAUUGUGUAUUACUGCAAGUAUCACAUUUAAAUCCACUGUAAACCAAUUCAACAUUUAAAAGGUAUGUUGGCCCUUUUAAAUCAAGUAUUAUCUCCUCAGAUUAAGUUUUACUGUUGGUUUCAAAGCACUAGAACCUGACACCUACACAUGCUUUUAAAAACUUUAAACAGUUUUCCUCUGGUAAUUGAAGCAGAGUCAGAGUGGUUGUGACACUCAUAAUGGUUUCACACAAUGUUUGCCUACUGCAACUUUCAGCAAAGCUCUCCUUUUACAUCUGUGCAGCAAAGUAAAAGAAAAAAAAACACUCAGUCCUGCCCUCACCGUGUGCCAAUUGUUGAAGGACGGAGGAAAAAGCGUUAAGUCUCAGUGUUCCUGUUACAUGAUAGUGUGCAUAAACACGAGCUGUGCCAGGUUGUACCCGCUGGGCUGCGUUUGAACGGCGCCCAAACUACAGCAUGGUCAGAGCGCCGGGUCUGCCUCCUGUUGAGGAGGAGGACAGAAAAUGGCUCCCGUUCAAUGGACGCAGCACGAAGCACGAGAGCGCCCUCUACUGCUGCGGUGGUCAAAUGUAGCGUGUUGGACUGACUUCUCCAGAUGCAAAGCUCCAGUGUUCAGGACGAACGCCGGCUGCUGUAUCUUCCCUUGUUGGACAAACUUUCGUACCACUAUACCACCCGUAUUCCCCAUUCAUGACCCUGUGUUCCCCCUCUGUCCCCCUCCCCCCCCCCUGAACACCCCCAUCCCACUACCACUCUGGUUGUUGUUGGUGUGUACAGGCAAGGGGUCUCAACGUGUUGCCCGGUCCUCUCAAGCCCACAUUGUAGACCAGUGCCGGUUCAGACCACUGUGACUCGUGUGGGAGAUCCUGUAUUUCUGUAUAAAUGUAUAUUGACUGUAACCCUGUGAAUGAUGUAACAAUUUCAUUAUUUGUAAUAUUGUCAUUGGUUUAUUUUCUAAAAAUGGAAAGCCCAACUUGACUCUCCUCAAUAAAAAAUCUGUUAUAAAAUA